AAAUUAAAAGCGGUGACACGUAGAGGGCUGAGGAGGGAGGGAGACAUAGGAUGAGAUAGAGCGAAAGGAGGGGCAAAAGAGAUGGAUAAUAAGUGGAGUACCCCCUCCCCCUUUGCUCCCGUGGAGAGGUGGGGGCAGCCAUACCCCCCAUUUAAAAAAAAAAAAAAAAAAACCUUUGUGAAAGUUUCCCCGGCAGAGGGAACGAGAGACAGAGUGAGCUCAGAGGAGAGGAGAGGAGAGAGGAGGCAGUCAGGAUCCAAUUUAGAGACGAGACAGAGAAGGAAAAGAAAGUCAGACAGUGAAGGAAGAGGAGGGAGAGUCUUUGUGUCCUGGGUCGUCAUGGCUGUGCAGCUUUGGCCAACUCUUCUCCUGGUGGCUGGAUUAGACUUAAGGAAGCCCACUGACCAGCAGUAGAAGCAGCAUCACACUUGUCCGUCACCAUGCCGUCCAUCUCCCUCAGCCUGCCCACGGCUCUGGCCGGACCUGCUCGUACCUGGGUCUGUCUGUCCUGCAUGUUCUGGCCAGAGGAUUUGGAGGCUCUUCAUUCCCACACGUUCCGGGUGAAGACUUUCAAGAAGACCAAGCACUGCAGUGUUUGCAAACAGACCAUCAUCCAGGACGGACUCAUCUGCCGAGUGUGCCGAAUAGCUUGCCACAAGAAAUGUGAGGUCAAGGUGUCUUCAUCUUGUGUUCCAGCGACAAACUACGAGCUGGCGCAGAGCAGUGACCUCCCUCUCAAGCAUGUAGACACCAUGGGUUCAACAAAAUCCACAAAGAGCAUGGAGUCAAGGCGCAGGCCAUCAAGGAGCGCCAGUCUGCUCCAGUCCCUGGAGGAGGGCUACGAGCUGGACCUGAUCUACAUCACGGAGAGGAUCAUCUCCGUCUCCUUCCCCAGCAGCGUGGAGGAGCAGAGCUACGCCGCCAACCUGAGGGAGGUGGCCUCCAUGCUGCGCUCCAAACACGGACACAACUACCUGCUCUUCAACCUGAGUGAGAAGCGUUAUGACAUCAGCCAACUUAACCCAAAGGUGUUGGACUUUGGCUGGCCGGACCACCACGCCCCGGCCCUCGACAAAAUCUGCAGCAUCUGCAAAGCCAUGGACACGUGGCUGAGUGCGGACAGCCACAAUGUGGUGGUGAUACACAACAAGGGCAACCGGGGCAGAACCGGAGUGGUGGUGGCGGCCUACAUGCAUUACAGCAACAUAUCUGCCAGUGCUGACCAGGCCCUGGACAGGUUUGCCAUGAAGCGCUUCUAUGAAGACAAAGUGCUUCCUGUGGGUCAACCGUCCCAGAAAAGGUAUGUGGAGUACUUCAGCGGCUUACUCUCUGGACACAUCAAGAUCAACAACAAACCCCUGUUCCUCCAUCAUGUCAUCAUGCAUGGCAUUCCCAACUUCGAGUCUAAGGGAGGUUGUCGUCCUUUUCUUAAAAUAUACCAGGCCAUGCAGCCCGUCUACACAUCUGGGAUCUACAACGUUCAGGGCGACAGCCAGACGAGCAUCUGCAUCACUAUAGAACCCGGUCUUCUUCUGAAGGGGGACAUCCUGCUCAAGUGCUACCACAAACGCUACCGCAGCCCGUGCCGUGAUGUGAUUUUCCGCGUGCAGUUCCACACCUGUGCCGUUCACGACCUGGGCAUCGUCUUUGGAAAGGACGAGCUGGAUGAGACAUUUAAAGAUGACAGGUUUCCAGAAUAUGGAAAAGUUGAAUUUAUUUUCUCUUUUGGACCAGAGAAAAUCCAUGGUCAAGAUAUGGACCACCUGGAAAACGGGCCGAGCGUCUCGGUUGACUACAACACACAGGACCCCCUGAUCCGCUGGGACUCCUACGAAAACUUCAACCAGAACUGUGAGGACACCACAGACGGUGAGAACGAGGUCAUUCAUACCCAAGGACCCUUGGACGGCAGCCUCUAUGCCAAAGUCCGCAAAAAGGAUUCUGUUGAAGGAACAGUAACGUCGAACGGUCUCCCGCCCACUGCUGUUGAGCAUGCUCUGCCUGCAGUCGACCAUGCCUUGUCAGUGAGUAGUGACUCAGGAAACUCUACUGCCUCCAUCAAAACUGACCGAACUGAUGAAGUCACAGCAGCCCCGUCGGCUUCCGCUGUGAGCCACAUUCCUGUCGGUGAGGACUUACACUCAGUCCAUCAUCAAACCCCAGCAGCCCAACAAUCCAUCAGUGCUCAAGAGAAAAAGGAGCUGGAGCAGCUUCUGAGUGGCUUGGAGGGGCCCAUGCAACGACAAGCUUACCUGUCCACUCCACCAUCUGCUGUUGGAGGGAUGCUUCACCUGGUGCCCGCCCAGGUCCAUGUUAAUGGGCACAACAGCAUUGACCGUGAAACCGACAUUUUAGAUGAUGAGCUGCCUGCCAGCCAUGAGGGGAACAGCGUGGACAGUCUUGGGACAUUCUCCUCCACAGACGGUCGGGCUACACCAGCUGAUCUCUACUACCAGUCUGAAUCACUAAUCAAUGGCCAAGACCAUGUGCCAUAUCUGGAGCGCAGCGUCCCAGAAAAGCCCCUGGAAAACAUCCAUUCACAGGCUGGCAUAUCCGGCAAACCUGUCACCCAAAGUGAUUCAAUCCCAUCCUCUGGUAAUUACAUGGCGACCCAGAAUGGCAGUUUGUACCGCUCACAGUCAUUUGGUGCAGAGUCAAAGUCAAUGCCACCAGCUCCCACUCGCACUACCAGCAGCAGGGAGGCCGUGCAGCGCGGCCUCAAUGUUUGGCAGCGGUUUGGUGUAACUGAGGAGCCGGUAACUGAAGGCCUCACUUUUAGUCCACCUCCUUCUGUAGGAGUCAUGCCCAGCCACCACAGCCUGCCACAGUUCCCUCAUCGCCACAGCGCCUCCCAACAAGAGAUUGAGCAAUCUAUUGAAACCCUUAACCUCCUCAUGUUGAACCUGGAACCAGGCCGGUCAGUGACAAAAUCCCAAAGCGCUCCACUGCGGGAAAACAAUACUGUGGUGACCACACAGCCAUCAUUCUCUCAGAGCCAAAGCAGGCCGUCCUAUCAGGCAGAUGUCAUUCACACCCACUUUACUGACCCUGCAUCCAGCCUGGCUAGCCAUUUGGCACUUUCCCAAAUGUCACCUGGGAAGCCUAACACAACUGAGCUUUACAGCUCUGAACCAGCUGGAGUCAGUAUUUCCUCACAAGCCACCCCAACUGUAAGUGGUCUUCAGCUCAAGCCCAUCAACACCUACCCACCAACUGUACCGCCCCAGUCUUCAGAGGUCUCUGAGCACCAGAGAAGCACCAGCGCUGUUUCAGCAUCACCACAGCCUAAAGAAAAUGAGCCAGAUGAAGUCUUCAACGUUGAAGGUCUGGUGGCUCAAAGAGUGGCAGAGUACUCGGCUCGUGUCCAGAGUGCCAACCCCAGCAUGACCUCUUCUCAGUCUGAGCACCGCCGCUCUCACUCCCUCUCGGGUGUCCAGGCCCGUGCAGUAUCCAUGGACGAGCCUGCAACUCUUCCCCGCCGUCGCAAUGUCAGCGAGGGCCAGAGCCAGAGCGCUGCUGACGACAGUCAGCCUUCGGAUGCCCCAGUUCGCUCUCCCGUUCGGUGCGUUUCUCCAGAGUUCGUCAACGCCAUAGCUCUGAACCCUGGAGGACGGCCCAAGGAGAAAAACAUGCACAGUUACCGGGAGGCCUUCGAGGAACUGGACGGAGGACCCAUCAGUCCUACACCCAUAGUUGGUGGUGAGGUGUUUCCCCAAACCCCUGCCUUCCCCAUCUCGCCGCAAACCCCUUACUUCAACCUGUGUCGGUCUCCCCCUGGUCUUGCCAAGACUCCGCUGUCAGCUCUUGGUUUGAAGCCCCACAACCCAGCAGAAAUCCUCCUCAACCAAACAGGCUCAGAGGAUGAGGUCAGUGAGGGUGAGGAAGCACCUCGGAGCUAUGUGGAGUCUGUGGCCAGGUCGGCAGUGGCAGGCGGAGAGCCACCAGUAUCACCUCGGAGCCUCAGCCCACCAGGAGACACAACUACACUCCAGCAGAGGAGUCAGAGUCCAUCUGCACACACACUGAACACACCUUUGUUGAGUAGCAGUCCCAUCCAGAUCUCACAGGGUGAACACCCCUUAAGAGAGAGUAGCGUUAGCACUCCGUCCCAACCCACUACUGAUUCUGGGUUCCGCUCCCAUGCUACAGAGAGCGCCUACCCCACUCCCACCCCGUCCUAUCAAACCAUUAACACCCCCACUUCUUCCUACCUGGAUUCCAGCUCUCCAGCCUCUUCUUACCUUGGUACUACUACUCCUGUAUUGUCCUACGUUGGUCCCAGCACCCACAUGGGGAGCUAUAUGAUGUCAGAUCCCAGCCCGCCCAUCUCCGAACCCUCCCAGACCACACUCGGCCAUGGAAGUCCUCAUGCGCAGCGUCAGACCAACAUCGUUGGCUCCACUCACGAUCCCGUCCUCCAGCAGCAUUUCAGUGCCAACCAGGCUGGUCCCACGUUGGGCCAGCAAUCAUCAGCUACGAAUGGCUAUGAAGCGGGCAUGCCAGGUCUUGGUGGCAGCCCCAUGAUUGGUCGCCGCCUGUCUCAGGGAGCGCAGAGCAGCCCAGUCCUCAGCCGACAGGCCUCUCUGGGACAAGGGUCUCAACCGAGUCCAGUCCUCAGCAGGCAGCCGUCCCUGGGUCAGACUGUGCAGAGCAGCUGGCAACCACCUAUCGCACACCACCAAGGAAGUCCAGUGUUAGGACGUCACCCAUCUGUAUCCCAGAUGUCCCAGAGAAGCCCCAGCUUAGACCGACACCCCAUGCACAGUGGUUACACCACUCCAGAUGAAAGGCAUGGAAACCUGUCACGACAGAGCAGUUCUUCGGGCUACCAGGGACCACCCACUCCUUCAUUCCCCAUCUCACCUGCGGGCAACCAUGAUGGGGGGAUGAUGGGAAUGGGAGGAGGGUUCAGGCAGGGAAGUCCGGCACCUGGUUUUCAGCCUCAGCUUCCAGAGAAGAGGCGCAUGUCUAGUGGCGAUAGGCCAAACGGAGCAUUGUCCUACGGCACGAUGAACGGGAAGAUAAUGUCCCCAGCGAGUGGAGGAAGCACUCCCGGCUACUUCCACACCCUCUCUGACUUCUCAAGGUUCAACAUGCCUGCAGAUGGAAGCCCUGAAAGCAGGCUGAACGUCAAGUUUGUUCAAGACACGUCCAAGUUCUGGUACAAGCCAGACAUUUCAAGAGACCAAGCCAUCGGUCUGCUGAGAGAGAGGGAGCCUGGAGCCUUUGUUAUCCGGGACAGCCACUCAUUCAGGGGGGCUUACGGCUUGGCCAUGAAGGUGGCCUCUCCUCCGCCCUCCGUGCACCAGAACAAGAAAGGUGACAACACCAACGAGCUGGUGAGACACUUCCUGAUCGAGAGCAGCCCUAAAGGAGUGAAGCUGAAAGGUUGCCCCAACGAGCCUUACUUUGGCUGUCUGUCUGCUUUGGUCUACCAACAUGCUAUCACACCACUGGCCCUGCCCUGCAAGCUGCUCAUCCCUACCACAGAUCUCAUCGAGGAGGCGCCACAGGUCGCAGUAACAAAUCCACUGGCUGACAGACUGAAACAAGGAGCAGUGCAGAGGCCCCCUGCUGAUGCCCAUGCAUGCAAUGUUCUGUAUCUGAACUCGGUGGAGAUGGAGUCCCUGACGGGCCCUCAGGCUGUGGCCAAGGCCAUAUCUGAAACGCUGGCUGCUGCUUCUCCAGCCGCCGCCACGGUCGUGCACUUCAAGGUGUCGUCACAAGGCAUCACCCUCACCGACAACCAAAGGAAGCUUUUCUUCCGACGCCACUACCCCACCAACACUGUCACGUUCUGCGAUACUGACCCUCAGGACAGAAAAUGGAACAAGCCUGAGGGAGGCACAGCUAAGAUGUUUGGGUUUGUGGCACGCAAGCAGGGAAGCACAACAGACAAUGUCAGCCACCUCUUCGCAGAGCUGGACCCGGACCAGCCGGCCAACGCCAUCGUCAACUUCGUCUGCAAGAUGAUCUCCUCUCAGAAGCGAUGAGAGCUGGUAGCAGGAACCCUGGCGCUUUUUCAAAAAAAAAAAAAAAAAAGCCUUUGGUUGUUUUCUUUACUUUUAACCACGGACACUUUCAGUUUUGGACAACGUAGCUUUCGGUUUUUCCGCGUCACCUAAUUUUUUUUUUUUUCCUGCUCUUUUACACAAGCAGAGGUGUGCGUCUGUGUGCGGUUGUGCGUACAGUAUGUGAGUGAAGACAGAGUGUGCUUGCAUGCAUGUGCUUUUUAUUCUCGGACGGACUCCAGAAUGGACCAGAGGAAGUGCCGGAUGGGGCGUGGCUGUGUGACAAUGGGACGGGAGGUGAUGUUAAUCUCCCUGGCUGGCAGGGUAACUCGUGAACAGGAAGAGGGAAUGACAUUGUGUGUGCAAAUGUUAUUUUUUUAAAGCAAUUGUUUCAUUUUUAUUUUUUUAAAGAAGAGAAGUCAAGUAGUGCGAUGUAAAAGUGGAUUGUAAAUCUAUCAGGCUUUUGACUGGUCAACCAAAGAUUUAAAAAAAAAAAUAAAAUAAAAAAAAGUAGUCAGGGCGUGUAUAGUGUGCCACUGUCGGAGGGUUGGAAGUAUUCUUUUGUAAAACAAAUACGGCUGCUUAAUCAAAAAUACUGUUUCUUUCUGUAUGUACUGAUACUGUAGGUCAAUUCUACACCGUUGCCUUCUUGCAAAAAAAAAAAAAAAGUGUUCUUGGACUUUCAUUGCAGCUGGUGAGGUUUGUGUAAAUAUUCUAGAUUGCUUUUUGAGUAGGAAUGUUCUAGAUGACAUCGGGUGCCUGACUUUGUUUCCGUAAUGCAGAGCUUUUUAUUAAGAAAAAAGAAAAGAGAAAAAGAAGGACGUAGCUUAUCCACGCUGUCUUAAAUAUGCAAUUAGCCAAACUUGGAAAUAAGAUCACGCUCAAACACCGCAGGUCCUUCCCUGUUCAGCGUAGUAGUGAAGCUAGAGACGCAGCUGCUGUUGUUCCUCUGAGGUGCAGCUAGAGUCUGAGGAAAUCAGGUAAAAGAAACUCGACUUGUCCGCAGCGUUGACAAGCAGAGCGGAGGAUACGUUUCCUCUUCGCCACCAUAUUCUGUUCAGUCUGUUCAGCACAUAGCCACAGUCUUUUCGCUCAUGACUGAGAACGGUCUCGUCCUACUACACUGCUUCAGUUUACUUCGUCUACUUCAGUUUCCAUGACAGAAAAAGAGUCUUUGCGUCAGCCAGCCAAAACUGUUAACACUCACCCUACCCAAAAGUAAGCUAUACAUAUAAAUAUACAUAUAUAGAUAUAUAUAAAACAGUGACUUAAGAUAUUUAUUUUUUUGCUUUGUUGCUCUAUGUUAUCAUGUAUUAUAAAGUAUACAGCAAGAUUACUGAAAGCGAGGAGAUUGCUUUUAUUUUGGCUAAAGUCAAGUGCGUUGACAUAUAAGAUGUAAAGUGUGUGCAUUUAAAAGUGUAUCACUGUUUUUGAAUGUUUUUUUUUUUUCACAGCCUCAGUUACUUUUGUUAACAUUCUUCUUAUUUUAUUGGGGAGCUGUUUUGAUUUUUUUUUAUUUUGUUUUUUUAAAGAGAGGGGGAAUAUUUUGUAUGAAAGAUGUUGUUACUAAAGUCCAAAUUUGAGUUAUCCUAAAGUUAUGCCAAUGCCAUUGUUUUAUUAACUUAAACCUGCCUAGAAAAAUACAUUGACCAAGUUUAGCACUUAAACGUAUAAAAAAAGAAAAGAGAGAAUAUCAGAUUUCCACAGACGCGUUUCAUUUCAUUUCACUGCACGUGUGGAGGCAAAACUGUUCCAUGAGCGUCUGCUUCCCUCGUGUGGUGUAGAAAGUCACUACACAUUUAUUAAAACAGUGUUUUAGCUGUGUUUAUGCCACGUUGGAUAAUUAAAUGCUUGUUUAGUUGAGAAAAAAGGGGGCAGCAGAUUUGGUGCAUUCAUUUUAAAUUAACCCUGAUACCAGGGAAUCAGCUGGUAGCAUGAUCUAAAACAAAUCAGGUCGUCCUGUGGUGCCCUACGUUGACUUGGAUGUACUUCUAAAAUAAAAAUAAAAAAUACAGCACUUACAGGGCUUUUAUAUCUGACUAGGAUGUUCCAUUAUUUAUUAGCAGGAGCUUGCAUGCUCGAGUCAAAUUGUAACCUCGCUGACUUAAUGUGUACACAGACUCCUCCUAUCUUAUUCAGCCCGGGCGAAUGCUUAUAGAUAGCUUUCAGGUAUUGGUAGGUAUUAAUUUUCAUAUAUUUGAAAAUAACAACAACAAACAAUUCUAUUUUUUGCCUAUUAAUGCUCGUGGGGGUAAAAGGACUUCUUAAACUUCAAACUGAAUGUUAGCUAUUUGUUUGCCGACAUUGAAUCUCCAGUGGCUUCCGGCCACUUUGACAGAUCUCUCUGGACUGUAGAAUGUGUGUGAAAGAGCUACUAUGCCUGUAUAGAGCCUUGUCAUGUUUGGUUUGCUACAUUGUAUGGCUUUUACUAUUUCUGAAAAAAUAAAAACACAUUAAAAAGCAGUACAAAUCAAAA